CUCGACUUCCAGGUCACGGUGCGCUGACGCGCUAUGAGAAAUGACCUCAUCCCAAGGUACCGGACUUUUAGCGUAUGGCCUAGAGCGCACCAGUGGAUGCUCCCUUCUUGUUCUCCAUCCGCUUCGGGAUCCUGUUCGCCUGUUUUCGGGCCUUUUUCUUUCUGCUUCUGCUUCAUGGCCCCCCUCCGCGGAUAUAUUACUAAUGCCGCGGGACAGCACAACUUUCUCGUGAUGCCAGAAUCACAAAGAAGGGUCAUUAAGCCCAGGUUCGCACUAUUGGUGAAAAUGGUCAGCAAGGCUGCAAGUCUAUGGGACUACUAUGCCGGUCCACCUUCAUCUGCGUGUCUGGCAGUGGCCUGUACGCCCUUUGGCUCCGAUCUCGUCUCCACGCCGUCCUCUGUAAUCAGUACUAGUAUGCCAGGACGCUCAUGCCAUGUCCCGCCUUCCCGCGACUUGUAAGAUGGUGCGCAAUAAGCCUACGAAGCGUUUAGUACGUGACACACUGAGAGAUAGAUCUCUCCGUCUCGGC